AUGGAACUCAACCGAGAACAAUUUCGCGCCAUAAUUUAUUACAACUUUCAGAGACAAUUAUUGCAACAAGAAUACCUUACCGAUCUUAGCGACGAUCCCAGGGUGGGUGCACCAAAAACGGCACUCACCCAGGAAAACGUCGAUGUUGUGCGCAAACUCAUAAUUGAAGAUAGACAUGUGACAUAUCGCGAGAUUGAGGCGUCCUUGAAGAUCUCAAAGACCUCAAUUCAAAAAAUUGGUGAUGAAUCGGGGAUUUACUGUUAUGAACCAGAAAAUAAACGACAGUCGGCUGUUUGGUCGCGAUAUUUGUGUCAAAAGCGGCUUCGAAAAGUCAACCCUGAAAGAAGAAUCAUCCUCCACCAAGACAAUGCAAGCUCGCACACAGCCCAAAAAACAAGGCAGUAUUUAACGGAAGAAAACGUGGAAUUAUUGGAGCAUCCUCCAUAUAGUCCCGAUCAAAGUCCUAACGUUUUCUUUACUUUUCCGAAAAUUAAAAACAGACUGCGUGGUCAAAGGUUCCAGUCACCAGAAGAAGCAGUUGACGCAUUCAAAAAUGCCGUGUUGGAUCUGCCAGCAAACGAGUGGAAUAAGUGCUUCGAAAAUUGGUUCGAGCGCAUGCAUGUAGCAGCAGAAAUAUUUAAUGAGCGACAUGAGAACAGUAACGUGCAUCGAAAAUAUGAUCUAGAACUUGUAGCUAAAUUUCGGGAAACUGGGUCAGUCGCCAAUAAAAAACGCAAAAUUGAAAAUCCCAUAAGGAACGAAGCAAUAGGAGUGGGGGUUUUAGGGCAAGUUUAUGUAGAUCCUACGUUAAGUACCCGCAAAUUGGAGACUGUGUGUGGUGUUAGUCGAGUCAUAAAUGAAAAUCGGAAUGAUCGGCGGUACAUUGCGAAUAGGUUGUUGAUCCAACAGGAUGGUGCCCCACCACAUUACGCAUUACGUGUUCGGCAAUAUUUAGAUCAGACGUUUCCAGAUCGAUGGAUUGGUAGAAGAGGUGCCAUUGAAUGGUCCCCAAGAUCGCCAGAUUUAUCAACUUUGGAUUUCUUUAUGUGUGGUCAUUUAAAAAGCAAAAUCUAUGCUACUCAGCCAACAUCAUUAGAAGACCUGCGACAAAGAAUUGCGAAUGAGUGCCUUCGAAUUACUCCUCAAGUAUUGCAAAAUCAAUACGUGCAGUGUUCUCACUACAGUGAAUUUUUAAGUGUCACCAAAUACUACUUUCAGAGACAAUUAUCGCAACAAGAAUGCCUUGCUGAGUUACUAUCUGUUUUCGGCAACGAAGUGCCACAUCAGUCGACAAUUUCCCGUUGGUAUGGAGAAUUCAAACGUGGACAGGUGAGUCUUAGCGACGAUCCCAGGGUGGGUGCACCAAAAACGGCAGUCACCCAGGAAAACGUCGAUGCUGUGCGCAAACUCAUCAUUGAAGAUAGACGUGUGACAUAUCGCGAGAUUGAGGCGUCCUUGAAGAUCUCAAAGACCUCAAUUCAAAAAAUUUUACAUGAAGAAUUAGGAGUAAGAAAAUUAGUUUCUCGUUGGAUACCCCACCUGUUGACUGAAGAGCAGAAAGCAGCCAGGGUUAAUUGGUGUCAAAAGACGAUUGACCGUUUCAAUUCUGGAAACACAAAAACUGUUUACAGCAUUGUUAGUGGUGAUGAAUCGUGGAUUUACUGUUAUGAACCAGAAAAUAAACGACAGUCGGCUGUUUGGCCAACAAAAGUCAUCCGCUCUCGAAGUGGUUCGAAAAAGAUGGUCGCGACAAAAGCGGGUCAUAUUGCAACAAUUCCUGUUAAUGAGCAAAGAACUGUUAUUGCGGAUUGGUAUACCUCCAUUUGUUUGCCAAAAGUCAUCACCGAGCUUCGAAAAAUCAACCCCGAAAGAAGAAUCAUCCUCCACCAAGACAAUGCAGGCUCGCACACAGCCCAAAAAACAAGGCAGUAUUUAACAGGAGAAAACGUGCAAUUAUUGGACCAUCCUCCAUAUAGUCCCGAUCGAAGUCCUAACGAUUUCUUUACUUUCCCGAAAAUUAAAAACAGACUGCGUGGUCAAAGGUUCCAGUCACCAGAAGAAGCAGUUGACGCAUUCAAAAAUGCAGUUUUGAAUCUGCCUGAUUUGACAGAUGCGAAUACACAAUUGCGUAGUACACAUCUAUCAGCGUUGAUUUGGGGACAUUUGGCUUUAAUUUCAAUAUCGCAUAGUAGGACCUAUUGA